UAAUACGAGUAAUUGUUUCCCUGAAGCUCGUUUUCCCACUUCAGUGGUUCAUCAAUGCCGUAAAAUAACAAAAGCGGCACCGUGUCCCCUCAAUUUCAUUUUGCAGGGCUACAAAAUGGAAGAAGAGCAAGUGAAACCUCAAAACGACACCGCUUUCACUGAAGACGACGACGACCCUCCAACGUUAAGUUCACACGCUCUGGCUGCUUUGAAAGAGUUCCUCCAACAACAACAACCCAUCACUGACCAAACUUCACAAACCGACGGAGAAGGUUCUGAAACCGGAGAGAAAGUAGCCUUAGUAGCAGAGGACUGGAGGCUUAGCCAGUUUUGGUACGAGCCGUUAACCGCAGAGACUGUAGCAAAUGAGGUUCUUGCUUUAUUAACCAAUCCCAGUUCACUCGCAGUUUGUAUCGCUUGUCCAACUCUUUAUGCUUACAUCAAGAAAAUUGAUCCGAGUGUGAAUGUGCAAUUACUGGAGUAUGACAAGAGAUUUGUGCAAUAUGGGAGUGAUUUCACGUUUUAUGAUUAUAAUAAACCAGAAGAUUUGCCUGGUCAACUUAAGCAUUCUUUUCAAGUUGUUGUUGCUGAUCCUCCUUAUUUGAGUCAGGAGUGUUUAGAAAAGGUUGCUCAAGCAAUUUCUUUUCUUGCAAUACCAGGAAAAUCAUAUUUGCUUCUACUCACAGGAGACGUGCAGAAGGAUAGGGCAGCUGAGCUCUUAGGAUUGCAUUCAUGUGGUUUUAGGCCUCAACAUUCUAGCAAACUUGGGAAUGAAUUUAGGCUAUUCACAAACUAUGACCCUGGAAUGAGACUAGGAGGGUGGGAGCUGGAGAAAUAGAUCUUUUCUCUCUCCAUUGAUCCGUUCAUCAUAUGUGGGCAGACUUUGGACCAUUGAUUGGAUGCAGAGAAUGAUUAUAAUGGGAGCCUUUCCUUUAACGAUAAAUGGAAAGGUCGAGGUAGAUCGAUGCAUUUAAGAAUGCUUACACUAUUGACGUGGGUGUAUGGUGCCUUCCUCCUGAACCCCAGGAUAUCUUCUGCUUAUUUUUAAUUUUUGAACACUGUGAAAUUUUAGUUUGUAAUUUUGGAUAUGUGAAUUAGUCCAAUGCAAACUGUCUAGAGAGAAUUUGAGAUUUUAAAUCAGAAUCGCUUUCAGAUGUGCUUUCGCUCUAGCCAAGUAAAACUCACAGGUUGUACUUCAAUCAACCAGUUUUUGUCACA